AAAACAAACAAUUGAUCUUUUUGUUUUAUUCAUUCAUUUCUUAUUUUUACUCACAUUGAAGAAGUUGAAUAGUGGAAGAUUUUCUUUUUUUUCUUGGAACUUAUUAUUGAACUUCUUGAAUAAUUUCAUAAAAUAAAAAUAGAGUAUAGUUUCUUAUGGCAAGUAAAAAGUCUCCAAGUAAUCUAUCUAAUCGUAAACCAAAAGAAAUUACAUUAACUAAUCCAUCAUCAUCUACACCAAGAGAUACAACUAUACCAUUAUGGCCUGAAUGGAAUGAUCAAGAUGUGAAUAAUGAAAAAUGGGAUUCAUCACAGAAAACUAAAGAGAAGAGUAAAUCAUCAGCUCAAUCAUCAUCAUCAUCAUCUACAUAUUUUAUUGAUCCAGAAUCACAAGUUUUAUAUCCAUCAUCCAUGAUACCAUUUAGUAUGAAAAGACCAAAUGAAUUUAUUACAGAAAAGGCACCUGUUGUAUAUGAUCCAGAAUUUAUAAAUCAUGUUGAUCUACUCUAUUAUAAUGAACAUUUAUUUAAAAAUGAAUUAUUAAGAUGGAUUAUAUGUGAUAUACAAAAUUUAUGGUUAUCAUGUAGAACACCAAUUCCUGAAUCUAUUCCUCCGACAGAGUUCAAUGAAUCAAAUAUGAUGAUGAAUUUAACUCAUUCAACCAAUUAUAAUUAUGAAUGGAAACCAUGGGAACAUAUUUAUGCCAUGACAAAAAUUACUAAAGAUAAUAAUAAUACACCACAAUAUAAUCCUUAUGGAAAAUAUAUUGUCAAGCUUUAUUGGAUGGGUUGUUGGCGUAAAAUCAUUAUUGAUGAUUCAAUACCAUUUGAUGAAAAUAAUAAACCAUUACUUCCACAAAGUAAACAAUCAUAUGAAUUAUGGCCAAUGUUAUUAACAAAAGCUUUAUUGAAAAUAGCCUCUAUGGAGUAA